AUGUCUAAAUAUACUUGUUCACAAAUCAAGGUAUCCCAAUUGUUGAUGGGCAAAUACCUGGCUAAUAGAUUGGCUUACCACACUGUACGAUUCUGCCAUGCCCAAGGUGUGGCACAUUGCAACAUCAAACCAGAAAAUAUACUUUGCGGUUUUGAUCAGGUUUAUCUCACUGAUUUUGGACUUGCAACUGACCUCCGUCACAGCACAAACAAGUGUGGCACACGAGCAUACAUGAGUCCAGAAUGUCUUGGCAGUCUUGAUACCUCACUUUGCUUUUACAAUACUUUUGCAAACAACAUCUGGUCUCUCGGUUUUGUACUCAUGAACUUGCUAGGCUCCGCUCGACCAUGGCGUGAAGCAAGAAGCGACGAUCCGCAUUUCCGCACAUUUGUUGCCCAAGAUACCACGUUCUUCAAUCCAAUUGGCAAAUCCUUUGAAUAUUCUUUUAUCCUAAAAAUGCUAUGUCUUGAAGAUCGACAAAUGACAGCUAAACAGGUUCUGCAAGCACUUUUGUAG